CUUGACAAUUUAACUUACAAAUGUUGUUGUAACAAAGACCAAAUAGAAGAAAGAAGAAUGACCUACCAUAGUAGAAGGAGAACCCAUCAUUGUUGUAAUUGUUGUAUACUUCAGCAACUUGACAAACUAUACAAAUUAGAAGAAAAACUUGCUUGUACUGCUUGUUAUAAAACUUACUAUAAAGCUCUUAACCCAGAAGACCCCAGAAGCUAG